ACAUACUACGCAACAUAGGAAGGCACCAUGCUAAAUGUGAUUUGAUGCCUAGGUGAAUUGCGGCUUUAGGGUUAUUGCAUUGCAUCGCAUCAAAAACCUGACGUCUGUGUGAGAACAUGAAAUAUAAAGCAAAGGAGCUGACUAACAUAACAUACAUUUCUGAUUUGUUGUUAGUGUGUAUUAGCCACUGUGGACUUUAAACACGUGAACUGUGAUGCCCUUCAGGAGUUUUACACAACUGAACCGCCUAUAAGGCUAUUGUCACCAACAAGGCAAGUGGUGUCAUAGAUUGAGACAUACAACCUUAACUCAGGAUGCAUCCGGAUCUGUCGCCCCAUCUGCAUACUGAUGAGUGCAAUCAGCUUAUAACACUUCUCAAACAGUGCCACAAAGAGCAUAACGUCCUCAAGUUCUUUGGAACAUGUAAUGAUAUGGACCGUGCAAUGCGUGAAUGUCUCAGGAAAGAGUAUCAAACAAAAAGGGAGCGCAGCAAAGCCCAUGCAGAAGAAAUGAGACGACGUUUAAAGGAGCAACCAAAAGAACAUCCAUAAGAUCAAGACCUGCACCCUUGAAGCACAGACCCUUGCACCCUUGAAGCACAGACAUUACCUAGCUUCUGGGCUUUGUAGGUGACUCUUUAAACCUGGAGUACAUUUCCUUGAGGACAUGCUGAUUAAUUUAUUAUGAACAUUGCAGUAAAUAAAGAAGCUGAGUGAGUUGCCACUAGAUGCAACACAAGUUUAUUUAAUGGUGUUGAAUUGCAGUUGGUUGGGUUUGAGCUGAAGUUCACAGCUCCUAUUUAAAAUUUAAACUGUUUGUUCCCAGGUGAGGCCUACUGAUCUGAAAGAAAAAUGAUGUCAAAUUGUGAAAUUAAAUAAAAAUCUAUUUGAAUUAAAUGUAUACAGAAAAGUAAUCAUCUCAAGUAAACAUUUCAAAGAUGAUCCAGAGAAAUGCAAUGCACCUGAGCAUGAAAUGUCACGGUAAUUGGUAUAAAUGCUUAUGACAAUGUGAUGUACAUUUGUUUUUAAAAACCUAAAUUAGUUUAAGUUGAAAUCUUCUAGACACCAAAUUGGAGUUGUUGGUCUGAUAAGCUGCAGUUGUAAUUUAUUCUAAAGAACAGCCUCAAAUAUAUAUGUGUGUAUAUAUCAGUCUAUGGCAUAUACAUAUGCUGAUACUAAUUUGAAUCAGGUGUAUUACAUUAUGUAACCUGGCAGGUUUAAAUAAAAAAAAUAAAAGACUUACUUACUUA